UCUCUAAUAUGUAUUAUUUCUGGUGAUAUUUCCAGUGUGUUUCCAAUCGAUAUUCUGGUAUCAUUCGACCUAUUUGUUUCCUUCAUUUCCAAGCCUUCCGACAUGGUAUUAGUUCACCUCAUUUUAGAUCGCCGGAGCUCCGAAAUAUUGGGGUGUCACCUAAUUAGGAGACGAAUUUUAUCUUUGAGAACAUUGUGCCACAAACCGGAGGCACUACCAAGGCAUAUUCGUUUUUACAGAAAGAAGUUCUACCUCGACUCGACAUAUAUUGCAAGAAUGGCGGCCAACGAUCACGAAGAUGACAUCAUGAAUGUUGUCGGAAAUCCGAUCGUGUCAACGGCCGGAGUCGACCUCGUUGAACUAUCGACUAAGGAUAUUGUGAAUAACAUAGUGUCAAGUGCUGCUAUAGCUGGGAUUCCUGGUGCCGGCUCUACACCGACGUACACUAGACCAACUGCCAGGUUCGCAGGGUUUGCUCCUGGAGGCUUCGGAGGAUUCCCCAGAUUUGUUGUUGCACUCUCUGUAGCUUUUCCACUGCAAAAUACAGCGUUUGCGGCCUAGUCCCAGCAACUUCGGGAUAUGCUCCGCACAUGAUGCCCCAGGUGCCGGUUCCCCAACCGUUCAUAGGGAUGGACUUCAAACAAUGGCAAAAGAAAAUGUUGUUUUAUUUAACAUCCGUAGAAUUUGCAUUGUUCGUGCUACGGAACGACCCAACCGAACCAGAGCCAAAUGCUAACUAUCAAACACUCGCCAACUGUGCGUCAUUGGCUCAUGGUGAUUACAUGACAUGUAACACCAUACUCGGUAGUCUUACUAGUUUUCUAUACAAUGUUUAUUGUUAAAUAAAGACUGCU